AGACGGCGGCACUUCCGGGAACGGCGCGGGGCGGCGGGGGACCAUGAGCUGGAUACCGUUCAAGAUCGGGCAGCCCAAGAAACAGAUUGUACCCAAGACAGUGGAGAGAGACUUUGAAAGGGAAUAUGGAAAGCUUCAGCAAUUGGAAGAUCAGACCAAAAAACUUCAGAAGGAUAUGAAGAAAAGCACAGAUGCAGACUUGGCCAUGUCCAAGUCGGCUGUCAAAAUCUCUUCGGACCUGCUGUCUAACCCCCUGUGCGAACAGGAGCCUGCCUUUCUGGAGAUGGUCACGGCCUUCGACACAGCGAUGAAGAGGAUGGACUCUUUCAACCAGGAGAAGGUGAAUCAGAUCCAAAAGACAGUCAUAGAGCCUUUGAAAAAGUUCAGCAGCGUCUUCCCCAGCCUGAACAUGGCAGUGAAGAGACGGGAGCAAACGCUGCAGGACUACAAGCGCCUGCAGUCCAAGGUGGAGAAAUACGAGGAGAAGGAGAGGACCGGCCCCGUCCUCGCCAAGCUACACCAGGCCCGUGAAGAGCUGAGGCCGGUGAAGGAGGACUUUGAAGCCAAAAACAAGCAGCUCCUGGAGGAAAUGCCCAAGUUUUAUAGCAGCCGCAUCGAUUACUUCAAACCCAGCUUUGAGUCGCUGGUCCGGGCGCAGGUUGUCUACUAUACAGAGAUGCACAAGAUCUUCGGGGACCUUACUGCACAGAUCGACCGGCCUGGCUUGAGCGAUGAGCAGCGGGAGCGGGAGAACGAUGCCAAGCUGAGCGAGCUGCGGGCUUUGUCCAUCGUGGCCGAUGACUGAGCAGCUGCCGGUGAUGGGGAAGGGGCUGGGGAUCGCACCCCCCUCCCACAGCCGGGCUGCUCCCCAUCUCCUCCCUCCUGGGGAUGGACUCAGGGGCUUUAGCCGCUGGCUGCUCCCUUUGCCCCGUGCCUGCCAGGACAAGGUAUUACCUGGGGCCAGGGUGGGGGGCACAGCAGGGCUCCCCUCUCCAGCCAGGCAGUUUCCAUAGGCAGCGUCUGGAUCGUCUCUGCACCCCUGCAGCCAGGCUUUGCCUUAAAUAGGGGUUGGCAGUGGAGCAGGGAAGCGAGCCGUCCCGUUCAGCUAAAAACAGGAGGCAGGCUGGGUGCUGCCAGGUAUCCCCAGGCCCAGAGGCUGCACCAUCACACUGCUGCAUGCUGGCCCAGCACACCUCAGCACUCCCUGCAUCCACCCCAGGUCCGGAUCAGGCCCAGGCUCCUUCCCUUUCUGGCAGGAGGACGGCACCACUCCUGCUGGGCCAUUCUUUUUAUGCCUUAGGAGCCUAGUAGCGCCCCCGGGGAGGGUAAAAUCAUUCAAAUUCCAUUUUUUGAGGCAUCCAGAGAGGGUGAUGAAAGGGCUGCACGUCCCGCACAGAACAUCAAGCAAUGCCGCAGUCUGGUUCUGCCCCCGUUCAAGCAGGAAUGGUACAAAGUGGGUGCAGGGAGGCGCACACCUGCACAGCAGUGGGUGCCCACUGAGGGGUACGGGGGAGCCCAGACGCAAGGGGAGUGGGGCCAAGAAAACCGAGGGGAUGCAAAAGGGAAACGCAGCCCAGCCGGGAGCAACCCCAGGGAAAACCUGGGCCGGGGGGGGAAGCCACAGGCUGCUGUCGCCACCCCACAGUGCCUGGCAGGGGACAGGGGCUCUGCUGCUCCUCUCCAAUAAAGUUUUUGGCAGCGCAGCGCCCGGGUGUGUGUCCAGCGCCGGGCUGCUGCCGCCCUCUGCCGCCGCCUGCCAGCCACUGCCGCCACGCAGGGACGUUCCCCCCGUGGGACGGGGCUGCCACGGCCCCCCAGGGCCCCCGGCUGCAGCGCAACACUAGCGGAGGUGCAAUUUUAGGAAAGGUGUUAGGGGGCUGGAGGGAAAGGGAAAAGAGAGAUUAAACAGCACUAAAGAGACACAGAAAGGAAACGGCUUCAGCAAAGCACGAGAAAGACAAUUUUACAGUUGGAUACAGUGAAUUCCAUCCUGAGCUGGUGCCUUUCAGCACAUGGAGAGGCUGCAGGAGCCCUCCCUGCUGCUGUCCGUGUCCUGGGAUGAGCCGCUGCUGCGCAGGACGAGGGGUUGGAAACCAAUUACAGGGCUGGCACGGGGUGGAGCUGGUAACUGCAGCAAAGAGACGCGCUACGGGCACAGCAGCAUCCAGAGACAACUCCAAGCUGCCGGGCAGCCUGCAGCACAGCGAGCACCACCCCUGCGUUUGGGUCCCUCCGUCCUAAACAAGCCCAUGUGUCCCCCACUUGUGCGUCCAGCUCAGAGCACCAACGUGGCCCAUGGCCCGUCUCUGAUACGUGCAUGGCUGCAAGAUUUCCUACCAAAAAGGUUUCCAUUAAACACAGACAACCGGUCAGAGCAAACCCUGCACAUCCCUAAGGCUGCCCGGGCUCUGCAUGCCCAGGGUAGGAGCCAGCUCAAGCCCAUCAGGAACAGCUGGCAGGGACCGUGCUGCCAUCCACGACCCCGCUGCGUGACGUUUGGGGGCUUCACUGUCUCCAGGUGGAGAUCUGGAGGAUGCUGGUUCCUCGUCUAAGCAGUCAUUAGUCUAGAAGAGAGGAGAGGGGGUGACUGGCAGCUCACAAAGAUGGCACCCCAUGUCCCAGCACCCUGGCUCACCCAGCUUGAUCUCCACGUGUGGAUUUUGCUCUCCAGGUGGAGCUGGCUGCUCUGCUUUCUCCAGAAAAAAACCAAAACACUGGGAGACCUGGGCUGGGGCAGGAGGCAGCAGCGGGAGGUUUCCUGGAACAAGAACAACUCGUUACCCAUCGCACAAUCUCCAACAGCACAGGCUCCACCAUACCCCCCAGCAUCCCUACGCCUACUGAAGGGCUCCUCUUCCCAGAGCGCCCAGGACAAGCAGGAUUGAACCAGGGACACUGGGCUCCCCCCUGGCUACCUACCUAUGUCUGCUCAGCCUCCUCCUCCGCCGUUUUGGCAGCCCUUUCUGGCUCCAGGUUCCUGGUCUCCGGCGGCUCUUCCUCCUCCGGCAAGGCCGGGAGCGCCUUGUAAGGUUUGUAGCCAAAACCCCGCAUCAGCAUCUCCUGGAAGAGUUCAGCCACCGUCACAGCCGCUUCGGGGAGGGAGAAGGGUACAGGGGACCUGUGCCUGCCCUGUGCCGAGCCUGCCUCGCAGCAGAGCUUCUCCCACCACCCUCCUGCACUCCAGGAGGGUGGCGGAGGGAAAUGUCGGAGCAGGCAGCCUGCCCGUCCUGCCUGGCCAGGUGGGGAUGGGCCAUGAGGGCUGGUUCCCAGGGGCUUCAGGCUCCAGCAGUAGCUCGGUGCCUGCGGCAGCCCCGUACUGUUCGGGAGCCUCCAUCUCCUGCCAAAACCCACCCUGUUCAGGUGGGAGUGGGAAGAGAUGGUGCUGGGAGCUGUCACCCAGAGCAGGACCUCACCUUCUCCAAAACACAGCCCUUUCCAAGCACCCGCAGAAAUGAAACUGCCUUUUGGGACUGUGAAGACAGGAGUGGAAGGGAUCAGAGUCCUGACGGAUCACGGAAAGGCUGCUGACCGUCCCCAGCAAGGCCAUUUGCACGGACACGGAGCGAGGCCCCAGCCCGAGAGCAUCCCCUGCCCAGCCCGCACCCGGAUCCCGUACAGCCGCUGCUGGGACCCAGCCAAGCCUCCUCCCCCAGCACGGAGAACUUCAUCUCCCCUCAGCUGUUCCUUCCCAACCGCAUCACAUGCCGGGCCAGGUUUAAGCAAAAUAAAAUCAGUUGCCACGGUUACCCGGAGC